GAAGGAGGCGGCGCGGUGCAUUGUGGGACGGCGCGGGACGCGGGGUGGUGCGGUGCCGAGCGGAUUGGGGGGGGGGCUGCGUCCCGGGGUGCACCGCCUGUGCUGUGCGGGAGGCUCAGGAUGGCGGAGAGACCGGAGGACCUCAACCUGCCCAACGCCGUCAUCACCCGCAUCAUCAAGGAGGCGCUGCCUGAUGGAGUGAACAUAUCCAAAGAAGCUCGGAGCGCAAUAUCUCGAGCAGCAAGUGUGUUUGUGCUCUAUGCAACGUCAUGUGCAAAUAAUUUUGCCAUGAAGGGGAAGAGGAAAACGCUGAAUGCUGGUGAUGUUCUCUCUGCCAUGGAGGAAAUGGAGUUUCAGCGAUUUAUAGCCCCUUUGAAAGAAUCCCUGGAAGUUUACAGACGGGAACAGAAAGGAAAGAAAGAAGCAAGAAAAGAUAAAGACAAGAAGGCAGACUCAGAGGAACAAGAUAAGAGCCGAGAAGAUGAUAAUGAUGAUGAUGAUGAAAGAAUGGAGGAAGAAGAGCAAAAUGAUGAGGAAGAGGUGGACAACUGAGCUUGCCAAUGAGACAUACGGGGUUGGGUUUUUGUUACUAGGGAUAUAAAUGUUGUAAAGAAAUCUUGCUGUGUCCCCUCUGGUUUCCAGUAGAGCUCUGUACUGUUCUUCUGGAAUCUGUCUUUGGCUUUAGCAUGUACAUAAAGGACUUGGCUAAAGCAUUUCUCAUGGGUGCCUCACCUCCUCCCUGCACGCAGGGGACUUGGCAGCCUCCCCAGGUGCUGAACAGACAGUAAUGGGGCUGGUAUUUUUAUGCUGGAUUGACUCUGAAACAAAGGGGAAAAAAAAGAAAUGUCAUGCUCAGUACAGAAGCUGACCUGGACAACCUGAAAGAACUUUUGAAUAAGCUCGUUAAACCAAGCGAAGAUCUGAGUCCUGGUUCAUUAACCCUUCGGGGUUUAGAGUCUACAUGAUGAUGUUAAGAGCCUUAGAAGCUGACUGUUCAAGCUUUUUAUCCAAGUGAUAUGUUUUUUUUCCUUCAUUUUCUUGCAUUCUGGCUGUGCCUUCUCUUUCCCGCUCUUUGACAGUGAUACUGUGUCUUUCAACCUCACCAGCUGUAUGCAGCACAGCUGUACAAGGGCCAGUGGUCCUCUGAGCUGAAUUCCUCCCCUAAAUGAACCAAAACCAAAAGGAAAAAAAAAGACUUCACAGCACUUACGAAGUAAACUAAUUAGCAGAAGUGCUUGUUUUGUGUCUUUAAAGCCCUCAGAGACUAAGAGCGAUUUUUAUGAAAAAUCUGAAGCAAAGCUAACUGAAAAAUAGUGUCUGAGGAGCAAUAAGAAGGCUGGGUCAAGUGGAAUGCAUGUUGCAGGGCAGCAGCGGGCAGCAGUGGCUCUGAUGGUCUCAGCUCCUUUCCCUUUGCGGAGCUGCAGUUCCUGCAGACAGGUUGGUGAUUGCUGCAGGUGUUAGAAUAGCGGUGGCUUUUGGUUUGGUUUGUUUUCUGAAUUACUUUUCAGGUCAUUCGAGGUGUGUGGGAUUCCUCCCAGUGCAGCGGGCUCCAGGGAUGCAGUGAGGACAGCACAGUCCUGUGUAGGAUGGCCAGCUUCAAACCUGUGCUCUUAGAAUAGCCUCUUGGAGAAAGAUGGGGUCAGACCAGCUGAAAAAUUACUUGUUAGAAUAAGCUCAUUUUUGGGACACAGUGCUUUAUUAUUUGACUGAUCUUUUUCAAGACUAAUAAACCUAACAUUUAGUCUUAACUGGGGUCUGGUGAAGGAAACACGAGGAAGAAGUUAGGUACGUGUAAACAAAUGCAGCAGUUUGGCUGAUGUGCAGUAUAAACACCAGCACUUGGGAGGAGCAGUGCGUCCUUUUGUGUUCUGCAGAGUGGAUGCAGAGCUCCUUGCCAUUUGUAUGGCACGAUGAUUUCCUAACAGAUGCUCAGCUCCCAAAAAGAGCUGAACCAACAAAGAUUUUCUGCUGUCUGGUUUCUGCUGGUGUGCAGGCUGCAGGCAGUGGCGGAUGAAAGGCGAUGUCUUCCCAAGUUCUGAAGAACAAAAAUGGCCGUCCUUCUAGGUUUGGGGGUUUUAUUCUAUUUUUUUAAAUUUUCUAGUAUGUAUUUGGGGCGCAUAUUCCGGCAGGGACCAGUAUUUAAAUAAAAGCCAGAUUCUUUACAGAAAUUCAA